AUGGAUGCACAGUACCCCUUUGCUUCCCGUGACGACAUCUGGCGUGUCCUUGACGAACUCAAGGAGCUCCACGAAGCACAGUACGAGCAGGCCGAGCGCAUCGCGCGCCUGGAGCGACGCAGAGACGAGGAUGCGCGCAUGAAAAGUGUCUGGGGUCCUUUGUCGCCGUUUCCUAGCUCCGUGGCCGGUCCCAUUCCUACAGAAACCGCCUUUCACUCACCCCCCGACGCUUUCAAGGGAUUCGACCAAGGUCAGCACGGCAUGACGAGCUCGGCAGUGGGCCUGGAUGGCGACGAUGAGCCCCGGCGGGGCGCAUCGAGGGCCAAUAGUGUGCGGUUUGAUGAGAGCGCUAUUCACGGCUACUACGGGCAGGCCAACCGGUCCAGCACUGAACUGCCCUUGCGAACUGGUAGCGGACUGGGAAGCCACCCGCUGACUGAACGGUCUCUCUCUCACCGAUCUGAUGGAAGGCAGAGCUCAUCUGGACAUUCUCAUCACUCGGCACGAACCAACAGUCUGGGGCUGGAGACGACCAGCAGAAUGAUGGGGGCGUCCUUCAGCAGCUCGCCGCUGAUCCCCCCUCCGGGCUUGUUUCUGCUGGGACCGGCGCCUUGCAUCAUUCGGUGCUGGCUGACUACGACAUUCUCGAAUGAUUCUCUCCUGUAUGCGGCCGUCUGCUCGGGGUCCUACGUGUCUUCUUUGGGAACGUCAAUGAUCCGGAAAUUCGGCUUGGAGGAUCUCGUUAUGCACGAAGAUGACCAGCAAUACAUCAAGCUUCCGCUGUACCUCCCCGAAGCCAGUGUUCACCAGUCUUCGUCACGCUCUGGCAGUCCUACGCCUCAGCUUCCUUCCCUGAACAUUCGGUUUUCGGUCCGCGAGACAGCUGCCAGCGAUGACUGCAUCCAAAUUAUCCUGGGGAGUGAUGUGCUGCGGUCCCACAAUGCAGAUAUUCUCUUCUCACAGGACAAGAUCGUCAUGGUUGACGAGGAGCACAACAGGAUUUCCAUCCCAAUCGUGCGCCCUGAAAAGGACUCCAUGUUCAAGUCUCUGGCCACUGUUCCACUCCAGACAGGGCCGCACGCCGGUAACGAGUCCACAACUAUCGGGGCGAUCAACAAACUUACAGCCGCUGUCCCUAAACAAACCACCUCUGCACCCGUUUCAGCCCGCGUCUCAGUCAGCGAAGCAGAUGAAACCCACAGACCCCGGCUCCCAGACCCAGACUCCGUCGAGACACCACCCACAUCCACCACAUCCACCGAGUCCACUUCUACCGCGCCCCAAACCAAGCAGGAAAACGCCGGGGCCGGCAUCUGGGGCUCCUGGCGCCGCGAUUCGAAGCUCGACCCCAACGCGGCCGCCGCAGCUAGCAAAGCAUCUCGAGGCCGAACGAUGAAAGUCCUCCGUCCAAGCAAGACAGCCAACCGCCCAAGCUCAACUUCCAACCCGACUAGUGCAACAAUGGACCACGCCGAUGGCUCAGCUCCCCACCUGCCGACUGACUCGGCGCGUCCUGCACCACACGCUGGCGACGAGAAUCGCUCCACCAAGUCCUUCGCGCCGAACCCCGUCGGAGGCGCCUCGGCGUUUGGAUGGCUUAAUUCGGGUCAAGCAGCGGGUCGCACGGCGAAUGCGACUACGACUGCGAAUGCAAAAUCCUAG